AUGCUUGAUCUCUCGGAUAACCAAUUGGCAGGAGAGCUUCCUAAUUGCUGGAUGAACAUAAGUGAAUUAUUUGUUCUACUUCGAUUUAAUGAAUUUGAUGGAAUCAUGCCUUCCACAAUUUGCCUCCUUACCAAUAUCCAUGUUUUGGACCUUUCUAGAAACAACAUUUCAGGAAGAAUAUUGCGAUGUUUAAACAAUUUUACGGCUUUAGUCCAGAAGAAUAGUUCAAUUGAAAACGCUGGUUCUUUUGAACAUGAAUUUUUUAACAAACAAUUUCAAGUGUAUGUUAACAGUGCUUUUGUUCGAUGGAAAGGACGAGAUUUUGAAUGGAGAACACUAGGACUUUUGAAAGGCAUUGAUCUAUCGAGAAAUAACGUUUUGGACUUAUCGUACAAUAAUUUUACUGGAAAGAUUCCUUUAAGCACUCAACUACAAAGCUUCAACUCCUCUGUAUAUGCUGGGAAUAGCCAACUUUGUGGGCAGCCUCUGGCUAAGUGUCCAGGAGACAUUUCUAAUGGUUCUACUACUGAUCACGAAGAGGGGAAUAGUUUUGAAGAAGAUGAUGGUCCUCAAGCAUUCUUGGAGGCAUUCCUACUUCAACUGGUGGAACAACGUUGGGAACUGGAUGUACGUGACAACAACAAUCUAUGUGACAAGAUUCAAGAGAAAAUUUCUGAAAUGAAGAAGCCCCUUUCGGGAGACAAGAAAGUGUUGGCUGGAGAGGUGCAGGGACUACGGAUGGCAUUGUUUCUGCUCUAG